AUGGACAUGAUGGAUCAAUCUGCCUAUUGGCCUACACAACGCACUGACUCUCUACCGUUGGGAGCGUCCGACAUUCCCACGACAGAAGCCACCGAGUCACAUCUACAAAUGCUCUACGGACUGCAAAACCCAGGACUAGAGUCCCAGUUCGCUAAGCACGGUGUAGGACGAAUGUCGCUCAGUGAACUUAACACGGACGGAUUAAAAAGUGGUUUUACCUCGCCUACUUCCACCAAGUCGGGAUCACCUGAGCUGUAUUUCGACCCUACUACAUUCUCUGAACGCCAUAGUUCAACCUCCGAUGGCAAUGGGUCAAAUCUCAGCACUCAAGAACAGGGACAAAAACUCGCCAACCGACGCAUCCAAAAUCGCGCCGCGCAGCGCCGAUUUCGCGAACGGAGGGAUGAGCAAAAUAAGAUCCUCCAAGCGAAGUUGGUCGAGUUACAGGAAAACUAUCAAAAAAUGUCAGACGAAUUGACCAAAAAGUCCGAGGAAGUCGGCCACUUACGUAGUGAGAACGAGGGGUUGAAGACGGAGGUUCAGAAUCUACGUCAGAGAUGGCGGUCUAUAGUUCUCCUCUUACAGCGACCGAAGAGCCUGCAGCUAUUGUCGAUGCUGGUUGGAGGCGAGCAGGGCGCAGAGGGCUCUGAUUCUAGUUCGGGGAUCGGCGAUUUGGAUCGAUACCUGCGGUGCUUGGAUGCAUUGACGUUGCCCGAUGAUAAGGCCUAA